AUGGCGAUCGUCCUCGGGCCGGUGGCCAUCUCGGUCGCGCUCCAUCUUCUGCCUCGGCGGGUCGCCAACAUGGCGGCCUUGACACUCUGGAUGAUCGUGCUAUGCGUUUGUUGGUCCAAAAAAGAAGACGAAGACGGCUACAGCCCCGCGACGACGUCCGACGACACCGACGACAUCUACGACGACAUCGCCGUGGCGACGAGCGGCGACACCGACGACGUCCCCACCUACGGCGCCUGCGUGCUCAUCGUCUUGACGGAUACGGUGACAGCGUUGCUCAUCUGCAACUUCGUGGUAGAGGAUGUCAUCCCCGCGUACUUGAACCAUCUCAACGCCGCUGCGCAAGUUCUUUCGCGGCUUGGCUUUGCUCCAGCGCCGCUCGACGUGACAGACGACAACGACGUGUUCAACGACGAGUAA